AUGACAAAAAGAUAUUGGAACAUAACUUUGGAAGAGAUGCUGAAAGCUGGGGUUCAUUUUGGCCAUGAGACUAGGAAAUGGAAUCCUCGAAUGGCACCUUUUAUAUCGGCAAAACGUAAAGGUAAUCAUAUUACAAAUCUUACUAAAAUUGCUCGUUUUUUAUCAGAAGCUUGUGAUUUGGCUUUUGAUGCAGCAAGCAAAGGAAAACAAUUUUUAAUUGUUGGUACCAAAAGAAAAGUUGCCUAUUCAGUAAGACGGACUGCAAUAAGAGCUCGAUGUCAUUAUGUUAACAAAAAAUGGCUCGGAGGUAUGUUAACGAAUUGGUAUACUAUAGAAACGAGACUUCGUAAGUUCAGGGACUUGAGAACGGAGCAAAAGACGGGGAAACUGAACUCUCUUCCAAAAAGAGAUGUCGCUAUAUUGAAGAGGCAAUUAUCUCAUUUGGAAACAUAUCUAGGCGGUAUAAAAUAUAUGACAGGGUUACCUGAUAUUGUAAUAAUCCUUGAUCAGGAAGAAGAAUAUAAGGCUCUUUAA